AUGACUUCCGGACUUGCCACGUCUGGGCGCGGCGCACAAGUAGACCAAUCUUUCCAGAGGAAGCAUGACCGCAUCGACUACAAGGCUCAACGUCAAAGCUUGCAUCGCGAUGACUUGAACGACCUGAUGAGCCUUACCAUAGGACGGAUGGAUAUGUACAACCUCGUUGGUGCCUUGCUUUUGACCUUUGCCUUGCAGUGGAUUACGAGUAGCGACAUCAUUGCGGCACCUGAUGUCAAGUAUUGGCCAGCUUGGUAUUCCACUGUGUUCGUGAUCUGUUGUUUUAGCUCCGUCGGAUACCUUCUUUUCUCCUUGUGGUUCGCUAUGCAGUGCUCGGUCACUUGCCAGUCGCUGGGAACGAGACUGCGGAUCAACUUUGCGAGGCUUUCAUUGCCAAGCAACGAGGACAUCUCACGCUUGAAGGUGCCUUUCUUUAUCCCAGGCGGCGCGUUGGAAAAGAUGCAGAACCGGAUCUUCGAAGCUGACGGAGAGGCCGACAACGGCAACGCGACACACAAGGCCCAGGAAUUUCUUCAAGAGCUCAGAAAAGAAGAGCAGGAGGCAGAUUCCACCUCCAGUCCGGCAUCGAAGCUGGAGCCCGCGGCAAGGAGUGUGACUUUCAACCACUGGAGAACCGAUCACGGCGACAAGGAUGACAGCGACCAGGACUUUGAAAAGCACUUGCGGCGGUGGCUAUACGAACGCGGACAGUGGCUCAGUGCGGAUGCAUACGCAAGAGCCUGCAUGGUGGUCGGUAUGAACCAGAUGUUGCAAGCUUUGACUUACCAUGUUGUGGCCACGGUGUGGAAAGUGUCGGCGCUGACCUCCAUUGCUUGCCUCUUGCUGGCCAAAGCUUUAUCAUUGUUCAUGCUGCAAGUGGACAUUGGAGUCCGGCGGUACUCUUGCCUCGGUCUGUCAAUGGUGAUGUUGUUGGAGGUGCUUCCACCAACCUAUGCUACGAUGUAUUUGUUUAUUUAUGUGCCCGGUAUUCAGUGGCCUGGCUGGUUGCAAGGAGUGGCCUGCUUGCCUGUCUUCUUCAUGCAUGGCAUUUGGAUGUGCUACUUGAGUUACCAGCUUUCCCCUACCAGCGGAAAUCGUGGCCAAGCUGUCGAUGUAGAGGACUUCCUGUCUGAUUCCGAUGACACAUCCAGCGGGUCGGAGGUGGUUGACGAAGACAUUGUAAGGCAGCGAUUCCAAAUGAGGAGGGGCUUCUACGGAACGGAGUUUUUGCCACACCGGUUGAAAGCAAACAAGCUGUUCAACAUUAUCGAGCUUGAGGGUCACAUUCCAGAAGAUGAGCUCCGAGAUGCAAAAGCUCCGGCCGUGGACCCAAUGCCAGGCAGAGUCUCCGUGAACUUCACCUGGUUCUUGGCCGUGCUGUGGAUUCUGAGCGGCAUCAUUCACGCCACUGGCCAGAUCUAUGGCUUCGAUCAAGCAGCCAUUAUCGACUGCUCAGACGACAACUGCACGACCAGUGGCCAGAGUGUUCCUAUCUGGCCUCAUGCCCGGCCACGUCCACAGGCACCCGCAAGGCACCAUCCCUUACGACGGCUUCGAGGGUCUGGUCCAAGUCCGUCCUCCCAGAUACAAUGUGAUUGGCCUGCUCCGGCGAGUUUGUUCGAGGUCAAGGCUUUGCACUGCGGCAGGAACAGCUCCCACAUUUUCGUGCACAAUGGCUUCGCCACCUUUGAAUCGGAAAUCGUGAGUAGGAGACUUGGUGAACUCAGGAGGCAGGAUUGGACAAUCUAG